AUGUCGACCAAUAACACCCAUUUCUUCGAACAAUCGCUGAGGUCCGAGUACUGGAUCAACUUUGAUGUCGACAAAAAGUUUAGUCUCGCUGGAAUUGAUGAGCCCGACCUAAACAGCAAUGAGAAAGACCGUAUCCGGAAGUGGGUAUCGACCAAGGCCACUAAACCAACGGCACCGGCCUUGGCCGAGCCUUCGUCCCUUUACCGUCCCAUACUUGACUCUUUCGAGAUCCGCGUGCUCGAAAUCCUGCCCGGCAGAGGCGUCGACAAGUUGCAUGGCCGUCUCCGUCACUGCUCGCUCGAGCUCGAGGCCAGACAUGCUCUCUCUGUCGAUGGAUCUGCAGCGCCGAUCCUGUACACGGCACUCAGCUAUACAUGGGGAGAAAAUGUCUUCAACGAGACAAUCGAGUGUGAUAAUCACGUCAAGAAUAUCACAAAGUCUCUAGAAGUUGCUUUGAGAGCCUUUCGGCAGGAGGACCGGUCGGUGGUGAUGUGGAUUGACCAAAUCUGCAUCAACCAAGAUGACCAUAAGGAGAAAGAGCAGCAGAUACCCCUCAUGUCGAGAAUCUAUCAGAACGCGAUGAAUACCGUCAUCUGGUUGGGAGAAUCGAGUUCGGACUCCGCUUCCGCCAUCAAGCUUUUAGAAGAUGUCAGGAUACUUCUGCAGUUCACGGAGAAGAACAUCGGUCCAGAGGAGUUCGAGCGGCUCACUCUUCCCUCACCGGAUGCGGAGGUCUGGCGAGCCCUGUGGGACUUUCUUUCCCGGCCGUGGUUCACGCGGCUGUGGAUCAUACAAGAAGUCAUCCUCUCGUUUGACGCUUGGGUUAUCUGCGGCAACGACGUGACUACGUGGGACGUCCUGUCGUUGGCUUGCUUAAAUCUCUGGACUUGUGGCAUCUCGAGAUGGCUAGGAGAGAAGCUGAAUUCCGGCAGCCAUACAAUUGACAUUCAAAGGGACCUCUGCGAGUCGGUACAGCAUCUCAGCAGUAUGAAGUCGAGCUAUCACAGCGUGACCAUGUCGUUGUUCGACCUUUUGGUCGGAUCUCGAGAAGCCAAGUGCUACGACAAUCGGGACAAGGUAUACGGCCUGCUUGGAGUGUGUGACAACCGCGACAGAUCGGCGACCAAACUAAGCUACGCGGACGAUUUUCCGGUCACUCAUCUGUAUCGCGACCUGACAGCGCGUCAUCUCUGGAGCAACCCGAGCAGCUUGAGACUGGGGGUGAUCCUUACCUGCGUAGACCAUGAGUCUCUCGACCUGCCUUCUUGGGUACCGGACUGGAGAUUUCCCCGUCGAACGCACUCGCUGGGUCACUCAACUACCACAACAACCGCGUACAGGGCAUGCGGCAAUCUCACGAUCGAAGCCGGCAGAGUUCAUCCACUUUUGGAAAGCCAAGCCAAGGACGAAUUACGAAUGCGAGGUAUUUCUGUCGACACCAUUACAACUGUCAGCAUCGUCUUCACUGAUCCCGACCUGAAUCUCGAUGAGCCAGGCACUAGCAACAAGGCUCUGACGGAGAUGCAUUCCUUUGUCUCAGGGCUUCAAGAGUAUCCAGGCCAUGAGACCGUCUUUUCUGCCUUUUGGCAGACGCUGGUUGCCGGAAAAGACGCGACCGAAAUGGCCAAGGCGCCGGCAGCUUACGAAGAGAUUGUCUCUCUUCUUCUCGACGCAUCUACAGGCCAGUCACCAUCGCUCCCGGGGCAAACCUACUCGGCACGGCAGAGACGACCGGCGGGCAAAGGGAAGUUGGAACUGGCGAAUCUCAAGACGCGCACGGCGGGCAAGACGUUCCAGGAUGUGCGAACCGCAGUGAUGCAUGCUGUGCAGAAUCGAAGGCUAGGUCUCACUGCCAAGGGGUACUUGGGGCUGCUGCCAGAGACAAGCAGAGUGGGGGAUGAGGUUCAUGUCUUGUAUGACUGCCAUGUUCCGUACCUCCUGAGAAAGGUUGGCGGCAGAGGACAUCGGCUAGUUGGAGAAUGCUACGUGCACGGCAUCAUGCAAGGGGAGGCUGUUUUGAAUCCCCAGAGCAUGGACGAAGUUGUUAUGAUAUAA